CGCGUGGCUGGAGGCGCGUGUAGGGUGAGCUCUGCUUGGGUGCCAGCGUUCCCCGGGGCAGGUGCGUUGGGCGCACAGAGAGCAAUGCGGGAUGGGUGCCUGUCUGUGCGCGAGCAUCGGGCUAUGCAGGGGUGUAUGCUGGCUGCAAGCACAGUAUGUGGGAGAAUACAGCUGUGGCUCUCUGCGGAGAUUUGUAGUCAAGGGUAGGUGCCCAGGCAGAGACAGAUGCAUCCUGGAGGUGAAUGCCUGGCUGCGAGGAUGGUGUCACCAGAAGGGCUUCAGCUUCCUUGACUACAGGAUGCUGUUCCAGGAAGAAGGACUGCUAAGCAGAGAUGGGGGUCUACCUAUCGAGGAAGGGGAAGAGCAUAUUUGGAUACAGACUGGCUAACCUAGUGAGGAGGGCUUUAAACUAGGUUUGAAGGCAGGUGAUCAAAGCCCAUAGGUGCGCUUAGUAAUUGCUGAAAAAGCACUGAAGUGUGAAGAACACGAUGUAAGUUUACCCCUGAGUGAACACAAUGAACCUUGGUUUAUGCGUUUAAACUCAUCUGGAGAAGUGCCUGUCCUUAUCCAUGGGGAAAAUAUUAUUUGUGAGGCCACACAGAUUAUUGAUUAUCUUGAAGAGACAUUCGUGGAUGAGAAGACACCAAGAUUAAUGCCAGAAGAAGGAAGCAUGUAUCACCCAAGGGUGCAACACUAUAGAGAGCUCUUGGACUCCUUGCCUAUGGAUGCCUACACACAUGGCUGCAUUUUACACCCAGAGUUAACAGUGGAUUCCAUGAUUCCAGCUUAUGCGACAACUAGAAUUCGCAGCCAGAUAGGUAACACAGAAUCUGAACUAAAGAAGCUUGCCAAAGAAAAUCCAGACCUCCAAGAUGCUUAUAUAGCAAAACAGAAGCGUCUUAAAUCUAAGCUGCUGGACCAUGAUAAUAUAAAGUACCUGAAGAAAAUACUUGAUGAAUUGGAAAAAGUUUUGGAUCAGGUUGAGACUGAGUUACAAAGGAGAAAUGAAGAAACACCAGAAGAUGGACAGCAGCCUUGGCUGUGUGGCGAAUUCUUUAGUUUGGCAGAUGUAUCGCUUGCUGUUACAUUACAUCGCCUGAAGUUUCUCGGGUUUGCAAGAAGAAACUGGGGAAAUGGAAAACGACCCAACUUGGAAGCCUAUUAUGAACGUAUCUUGAAGAGAAAAACGUUUAACAAAGUUUUAGGACAUGUCAACAACAUAUUAAUCUCAGCAGUUCUGCCAACUGCAUUCCGGGUGGCCAAGAAAAGGGCACCAAGAGUUCUUGGCACAACCAUGUUGGUUGGCUUGCUAGCGGGAAUGGGUUAUUUUGCUUUCACUUGUCUUCGGAAGAGAUUUGUCAACAUUAUGUUAUCAAUUAGAACAAGACAACCUUAUUUUUAGACUCCAAUUUGCCUGAUUGUGGGUGGAGGACACCUCUAACUCCCAGGAAAAUCUCCAAGAUAAACAUAUAUGAAAGAUUCAUGGAGCAAAACAUUGUCACAGAAUAAUAGUCUCCUACAAUUGUAUACAUGUAUUGGAAAAGCUGAGAUAUUUGUGGAUAAUAAAUGUCGAGGGGACAAUAAAAAAAAUAAAAUAGGUUAUUUUCCAAUGAGGAGCUGUAGAUCCUGUGGCAAUGCUUUGUUAGAAGAAUCAUUGUUUCUGUCUCUUUUACCAAAUGACUGAUGUAAUUUUAGAACUUUUAUUCAAUAGGUAUUCAUUCAGCAAUGCAAGAGGUGCUCACUGUGGGUGAAAUUCUUCAGUGUGCAGAAGACCAGCACAAGUCCUAGGCUCCACUUGAGCCCUGAAAACAGGAUUUAAGUGGGACUUAAGUGGCCCAUAGGCUUUGUGUCUGACCUUUGCAUGGGAGAGAAUUUCACUGAGAUAAACUGUCAUAGGUUUUCAUAUCGAGGUUCAAAUAGUAGCAUGAAUUUCAUUUAUUUGCGAAGAUACCUGAAGUGUGUGUGUGAAAAUCAGCUAAUUUGGGAUAGGAGAUUUUUCAAAGGGAAAACUAGCAGGUAGGCUCUCAACUCCCAUUGAGAUUCAGACACCUAACUUGGCCUGUGUGCACUCAAAUAACCAAUUUGCCUACAUACCUUGGAUAUUUUUGCCUACAAAUUAGGUGGGUAUAAUUGUACAUAAGUGAUUGCAUGUGCCUCUGUAUGAAAAUAUUGCCCAUAAGUGCCACAGUCUAUCUGAAAAUAUCUUAUCCAUUAAAAUAGCUUUUUAUAUGAGUAAGAUUUUCUGAGGAUAGCUUCAUUUUUGUUUAUUUUUAUUAGUGGAAAAGAGUCAGCCAUCUGUCAAGUUUGAUUGGCUAACAUAAAGAUUCAAAGUGGGUAAUUCUCCAGCAUUGUCUACUUAUUUACUGAACGGUUACAACUUGGUGAAAAUGAGUGAACAUUGUUUGUACAACCUGGGAAUAGGAAAUUUGUAUUGCAGUUUCUUUCAUAAAGUUACAGUUUGGAUUUGAAGAAACAGUGUAAAUAACACAGAUGCUUUAAUGCAAUCCACCAGUUAAUGGCUACUGAUGGAUGUAUUGUUCAACCUGAAGCCAACUCACCAUUCUAAUGGCAGUUGUGCACCUAUCUGAGGCCAGAUUUUGUUCGUGUGUCAGUCAGUGGCCUGACAGGAAGCACAAACUACAAAAAGUCUGACCUAACAAGAUUUCUAGCUCAUUUGUGAAGACCCAGAAUGUUUCAAGCAUUUUGGAUUUAUGUCUGAACCAAAACACGUCUGAAGUUUUUGAAGUUUGUCUAUCAGUAACUAGUAGACAAAAUGUUACUGAAAUGGGCCUGUAAAAUCUGUAGUAAUGGGCCUGAAUCAAACUCCUGUAUCCCAAUGCCCACAAACUUUAGUUGUUUGCUAUAACCUAUCUCAAGUAAUGUCUAAUGGUCAUUUGAAAUGAGCAGAUAUGGAUUUUACCUGGAUAGUUUUGGUGUCAAGCAGAUGUUGAAAGGGGUAAUAUGUUUGUUGAACGUUGCUGGAUAUAAUUUAACAGAGUGUUAAAUAUUUAACAAAAGAUGGCCCAAAUCUUACUGCUUCUUUUCAUUAGUAAGAAAUAUUCAUACAUAGUAAACAGUGCUUUUUGUUUGUUUGUAUGUCUGUUGAUGGUAAAAGGCAGUUUCAUAUAAUUCCUUUUAAUGACCCAAUUGUUUUGGACAUCUUGAUAAAUUGAAUGUGCUCUGUUUACAAAAACUUAAUAUCUCUACAGUAAAUUUAAUCCACUAACCCCGUUAAUGUUUUGUUAGCUUUAAUUGUCUCUUGCUUUGUUGUUUGUAUAUUGCAGCACAUCUAUAUUUACUUUGUAUCUGGAAAAUUCCACAAAAUAAUACGCCUCACUGGAUGCUUCAGUAGCAUAUCAUAUUUCCAAGGAGUUUGAAAGUGAAACAUUAAAAUAUCUGUUCAAGUCAUUCUAAAAUUAACAUGAUUUAAAUAUGGACUAUGCAGAAUGAAUGUCACCUUCUUUCCCUGCUUUUUAAAUCCACAAGUUGUCUUCCUAGAGAAAUGUUUUCUGUUAGCACAAGUAUCCAGCCCACACUACCAAUUUGUAUGUAUAUCUGUGAUGAAGACUAAUGAUUGGUCAGGCUAUAUAGUUUCACUCCCUGUUAUCCUUGAUCUUUUGUGCACUUGAGAUUACACACUUUCAUUGCCUGCCAACAGCGACAUGUACUGCUGGGAAGACCUGAAAUGACCACCAGAUGUCAGUGCUCUGCUAGGGCUGCACUUUGGGAAUCCAGUUGAAUUGUCGUUGAAACUCUCACAAAUUAAACAUUUCUGCUCUCGGUCUGAGACAAAGGGAGUAUCCUCCUCAGGGGAGCUAGUGUGGUUAAAAAUGGUGUGACACAAUUUAUUUGCCAUGCGAUUUCAAACUGUUCUCAAACCUGGAAUAUUUAUUGAAUGACAUAGUUUUUAUAGUAAAUAUGUAGGGACCUAUAUAACUUGGGAUUGUCUACCAGAGGGCAGAAUGAAAACAACACUUCACAUUAACAUGAACACCACUGAGGAGCAGGGAAAUAUAUCUACCUGAAUGAACCCUUUAUGGAUAACACUAUUCAGGAAAGUUCAGGUUGCUAGUUAGAGCAUAUGUCUGUAACUAAAGCUGUAAUACUAAGUAGCUUUUGUUAGCCUUAUAAUUAACUACGUGAUAAGCUUCUCAUUCUCACUGCUCUAGAGUGCUCUUCUUCAUGGGUGAAAUUCACUCCUGUGCAGAGGGCCAAUAAAAGACCUAUCACAUCACUUAAGACCUCAACAUAGGGCUGAUGUGGGAUUUAAGUGUGCAUUGACCUUGUGAGGGCCAUGUGCCCAGGGGUGAAUUUCACCUUGUAUUUGUAAAGUUGCUUGCCUUUUAGCCCUGUUUCUUUCCAGCAGUGCUUAGUACUGCUUCCUGUGGCCAUUUUGUAGGUUGGAUGGUCUCCUCCUUUGGUUUUCAUAUACUGUUUUCUCUCUGUAUGUCACACAGCUGAUGCACAGCAGUAUGCUAAUAUUUUUUUUUGUAUCAUAUGCUUGUAUGUGGGCUCAGAAAAAUAAACAUGGGACCUGAAAUGA